GUCGCAGUCCAACUGCCUCAAGAAGCAUUGUGGAAGUAUAUCGGGACAGCGCGCAGAAGGAAAAGGGAAGAGUGACCGAGACGGAAAGAAAGAAAGUGACAACGAUACAAAGAGCAGUGUCCAGGAAGUGGCCCUAUUGUUUUCAGGGUCACCUGCUUUUUCCUUUCAGGAGCCUCCCAAUGUCUGUUCUGUCCCCAAAGGGUGUACAUCUUAAAUCAACUAAAGUGCACAAAAUUGGAUGGCUUUCCUCCUCCCCCAGCUCCAAAGAAAAGACACUCUCACACGCACUCCACCUGAAAGUCAAACAAGCCACCGUUGAAAUAAUAUUGACCAAGCAAUACAUCGCAAAAGUUAAAUGACAAUACGGACUGGUUCGAGCUUCCGCAUCUCCGUUGAGAGGUGCAGGGUUCAAUUUCUGCUGCGGCUUUCCUGCGUGGAGUUUGCACGUCCCCCCCCCCUGGGCCAGCGUGGGGGGCUGCUCUCUUUUCCUCCCGCAUCCCUAAAAUGUGCGUCCAGUGAGCACUCCAAAUUGUCCCUGGAUGCGAUUGUGAACGGUCGUUUGUCUAUGCCAUGGGCUGGCGGCCGCUUUGGUGCAAACGGGUGCACUGCCUCAAUUGAAGGGAUGGCAAACUCCAGGUAGCAAGCACACCUUAGUUCCCAAGUUACUCAUUAACAGGCAAGCAGCUGCAGGGCCCGCCUCCUUAAACCUUUGCACUAGCUUUCUGGCUUUUACAAACAAACACACAGAGUGAAUGUGAAAAGUCAGUCUACCAAAGCAGUGGCGGCUAUCCAUACGUACUGAUGAUCAGUCUGACUGAAGAAGAGGACAAUCCACACGCAUGUGGGGAGCUACACUAAAGAAAGAGUCAACCUUGCCCUCCCUCCAGUGGACUUGUGUGGCUACAACAUUCUUCCAGGUCAAGAAAGCACUCGUACAACUCAUCUCAGGAGACGAUGCAGUCAUUUUGCAAUCAAGCAAAAUUGACCUGUUGAAAAACUGUCAGGUGCAGAUGGAUUUAUAUUAAGCGACCAACAAUUGAAGAUCCACGGGCAAAACCCUUUAUCAUCCUUAAUUAAAAGCUGGAAGUCUUGGUCAAAAAGCUACAAAUUCAGUCACUCCCCAACAAAGCCAAGAAAAAGAAUGGAAGAAUUUGCAAAUCUAAGCACAGUAGCCACGGCAACGACGCUUCCGACCGACACAAAGAAGAGCAAUUCUCACAGGUGGGAGUUCCUGGUCGCCGUUUUGGCCACUGCCAUCUCCCUGUCUGUAAUCAUGGUUCUCUUGGCUAAGUGUCAAGUGGUUCGGCGCUACCUGGCCAGCUAUCGGCACACCAGGUUAAGAGAGACGGACAUUAGCCAAUGUGAGCAGUCAGGUCCGGAUGUGGGCUUUGACGUGCACGGAGAAUCUGAAAUGAACCCUCGGCAUCCUGCCGGUGCUGAAGAUGACGACGGCUUCAUUGAGGACAACUACAUCCCGACAAGCGAAAGAGUGAGAGCUGAAAGAGCAGCAGAGAACAUGGAUGACAUGGACGAAGGCAUGAAUGAAAUUCAAUUUGCCAUUACUUAGAGGGAGGCGGGCGCCUCUGACUUCUCCUUUGCUCCACAAGCACCUGAACCUUUAUUUCUAACUCUGUGUUCCACAUUUGAAUGACCAAUUGGGUAAUUGAUAAUUGAAGAUUCAGAAAUGAUCAAGCACUUUUUUGUUAUUUGGCUUUCAAGAGAACCCCCAUGUCCACUACCUGUUUUUUUUUUUAACUCUGUGUUCCCCAUUUGAAUGACCAACUGAGGAGUUAAUAAUUGAAGAUUCAAAAAUGA